UACUGUAAAUCAGUUGUUUAGACAUCUUGUAGCCUAUUCUUACUUCAGUUUGCGUUACAUCCCCAUUUUGAUAUCUACGGGACCGUUUGGCAGCAGUGCGCUGCGCGUUUUUGGUCUUUUUUUGGGCACUUCCUGCUUUUUAAACUCGAGCUGCGGCGUGCAUGUCCCGUGAACUCAGCCCGGGUUAACAGGCUGGGCUGCUGCUGUGUCGCAGCAGUGUGUUUGCAGGCUAUGUGUUUAGGAUUAAAGCUUCUGUUGCGGUUGGGAAUACGAUAUCGUACAGGCUAUUAUCACCGGCCCUAAUCGUGUGAGGAGCAUGGAAAUGAGGCGUAGCGUCGCGCUUUAACUGUGCCAGAGGAAAGAAAGACGAACAGGAUUCAAACAGGUGUCCUGCUGUCUCCCAUCAGCCCGAGUCCGGAUGAGGAAGAGACAGAAAAUCUGACAAAGAGCAAAGCAAGAACGGAAGGCGGAGAUGUGAAUAUGAAUGCGAAUAUCUCCCAAUAAUUAACCAAGCGCUGACAAUGGGCAGAUCAUUCCGCUAAUUUCAGGACGUGUCGUUUCUUUUUGUAAACCGUGCGCUCCUUCGGCUCAACAGUGAUGGAGACCCGGCAGCCAAACCAGGAGAAACCCGUCUUUUAAUAUCUUGGUUUAAGAAAAAUAAGAAAGAAAUAAAAUAAAUAAGGCUAAGAUAUAGAUAUCCGCAUCAGCUUUCGUGUUUCUCUCUCGGAGGAGGAAGAGGAGGUGAUAGAAAAGGGGAGGCGGUGACCGACAUCCCCCACGGGACAGGCCGACCGACCCACGCUUCUAACAGGUGUGUCUGAGGAGGGCAAAUCGCUCCAAAUCUGCACCGUCCGUCCGGCCCGUGUGCCUCACGGUCCCUUCUUCUGCGGCACUGUUCCUGGCGAAAUUACAUCCCAACGAGGGAGGGGGCCGGUGGUUUGGAGUUACAUUUGUUCGCUUCGGCAUCCCAAGUGAGCGCUGAUCCCCCCCCCCCCCCCCCACACUCUUUCGGUCUCCUCGCAGCUAUCCAUUGGUGCGUAAUAGACGCGAGGAGGAAGGAGGUUGGACCCAAACGGCUAAUUUUGAGACGUUAAUUAAAAAAGAAACGAGGUUCGUGUUCUUUCUUUGGUGAGUGGAGACAUUUUAAAGGGUUGAACUGAUCGUUUCAGAGGUUAAGGGGAAAUGUGAAGAUUUUUUUUUCUCCCCCAACACACACACACACCAGAUUUGUUGGUUUGAACGGAUUUCGACCCCUUGUGAAAAAGGCAGAGAGCCGCCGUUGCUCCUGUGGUUUCGGCUACGGUUGCUAGUCCAACCGAACCCGAGCCUGACGAUUCUUAGCGGACAACAAAGUGGGUCUUUUGAAGGGACUCUCUCUCUCUCUCUUCUUAAAACAAAGUGUACCUCGUUUUUCAUCAUGACAACGAGAAAAGUCAACACUGUGGAGGACACGGUGACAACCUCCACCACCACCACCACCACCACCAACCACCAGAACCAGCCGAGGAGCCGGAGUCCCAGCAGCGGGGCGGGCGGAGGGGCGGAGAUGUUCGGAGAAUUUCAGGACUGGUGUCUGCGGACGUACGGGGACUCCGGCAAGACCAAGACCGUGACCCGGCGUAAAUACAACAAAAUCCUCCAGACCCUGCUCCAGGGGGACGAGGAGAACAGCAACGGGGUGUUCCUGCAUGAGAAAGGCAACAACCACAUCAACGCCAAAUUUAAAUUCUGGGUCAAGUCCAAGGGCUUCCAGGUCGGGACGCUGCAGGACGCCAAGAACGGGUCAUCGGACAGACCAGUGCUGUAUGUCCCCAUCAAGUCGACGUGCGUGGACAGCAUGUCAGGGGUCGACUCGUCCCUGAAGCGCGUGGCGGUGGUGGAGGAUUUCUUCGACAUCAUCUAUGCCAUGCACGUGGAGAUCAGCGCCGAUCCCGGCAAAGCCCCGAAACACGCCGGCCAGAAGAAGACCUACAAAGCUAUAGCGGAGACGUACGCCUUCCUGCCCAGAGAGGCGGUGACUCGUUUCCUGAUGAGCUGUGGAGAGUGUCAGAAGAGGAUGCACAUCAGCACCACAGGACAGGACUGCAAAGAGAACGACAGAUUGAGCUCCCUGGUGUUGGAAGUGAUAGACUACAACAUGCCUCUCACCACCACCUACAUGAAACAGAUGAAGCUGCAGUGCAUGAGCAACAACAAGGAUGACAGUUCACUGAGCAGCGAGGAGGAGGCAGAGAUGAGCGAGCCCACGUGGCUAGCAGCUGAUCUGGGAGCAGCGUCUGACCUGAGCCCGCCGAGCCGAGGAGAGAGGAUGCGACACAGUCCCCAGAACACACACAGAAAGGAGGACGACGAGGAUUCAUCCUCAGAGAGUGGCAGUGGAAACGGCCUUCCUGCUUUGACCCCUCCUUCCUCCGCUGUAACGGAUGGCGCUAUAGUCAGGGAAACCGAUGUCAUCAAUGGCAACGGUGGCCCCGCCCCACUGGAUUUCAGCACGCCUACUUCCUCCUCCUCAUCGUCCGAGGACCAGCAGCCGAUGAACCUGAGUGACCCGCCUCCUCAGCGCCUGCCCCUGUCCACCUCACACCUGCCUGUCACUGUGUCGGCAGCGGCGGCUGCGCUGCUCGGCGCUCUGCAUCCCAACGCGCCCGAAGAGCUCCGCAGGAAGUACCCGCUGGCUGCCAAACCUUCCCUGGCCCCGCACCCAGCCCUGCCUCUGCCACACGCACACACCCUUCACGCACAUAAUGCACACACUCCCAACACACACUCCCAGUCCCACAUACACACCGCAGAGCUGAGACUGGACAGAGAUGGCAGAGACUACGGGGGCAAGUCCCCUCAGUACAGUUCGGGUGGCAGCUAUGACAGUGUGAAGAUGGACUUGAGUGCAGAGGACCUGACCAUGGGGCGUCAUGGCAGCCAGGUCGCGCCAGACGAUGACGAUGAUGACCAUGACGACCACGACGACAACGACAAGAUCAACGACACGGAGGGAGUCGAUCCCGAGAGACUAAAGGCCUUCAAUAUGUUUGUGCGUCUGUUUGUGGACGAGAACUUGGAUCGGAUGGUGCCUAUCUCCAAACAGCCCAAGGAGAAGAUCCAGGCGAUCAUCGAGUCCUGCAGCAGACAGUUCCCAGAAUUCCAGGAACGCGCCCGCAAGCGCAUCCGCACCUACCUCAAAUCCUGCCGACGCAUGAAGAAGAACGGCAUGGAGACCCGUCCUACUCCACCUCACCUCACCUCAGCUAUGGCUGAGAACAUCCUGGCGGCCGCCUGCGAGAGCGAAUCACGCAACGCCGCUAAGAGGAUGCGCCUUGAAACCUAUCACGAUGAGCAGAUCUCUGUGGACAAGCCGUCCGGCGGUGGAGGGGGCCUGAGGGAGCCGGCGUCCCUCGCUCACUCCGCUUACUCCCUGGCCGCAUCAGCCUUCUCCUCGCAGGACACCCAGCUCUACAUCAACGGAGCCGGCCUCAGCUACGGUUAUCGUGGAUAUCCGGGCCUGAGCGCUGCCAUGCAACACCCUGUUUCGCUGACAACCGGCGCUGCUGCUCAGAGCAACGGCCCCACAGACCUCAGCAUGAAAUCUCUCUCCUCUGCCAACAUCAGUAACUCCUCCUCUUCUGCCUCCACCAACAACAGCCUGGGUGGGCGGGGCAGCGGGGGUGCAGGAGGGGGCGGGGCUUCGACCCAGCUCAGCCAACCGGAGAUCACGGCCGUGCGUCAGCUGAUAGCCGGCUACCGGGAGUCGGCCGCCUUCCUGCUUCGCUCGGCAGACGAGUUGGAGAACCUCAUCCUGCAGCAGAACUGAUUUUGGGGAAGAACACGCGCACACACAUUUCCCAUUAUGUUUGUUUUUGUUUGUCCGUCUGCGUCACCUGUUUCUCCUUAUCGAUCGUUAAACACCAGACCUUUUGUUUUUGGUCUUCCCUCCUUAAAUCGGGGGUUUGUUGGUUUCUCCUCAUCUGCCUUCUCUUCGGAAACUUUGGCCACUUUUUGUUUUUGGAGAAAAAGUGGGAAACUAGGACAGCAGGCGAGGGAUACUAAUCCCACCCCACCAUCCCCCCAAAAAGGAGCUAAUUAUUUGGACUCUGGAGGAAUCUCUUCCUCUCCUCUCUGGAAGCACUUCACAAUCAGCACUGCACUCUGAGCGAAGGAGUGUGGAGGACAGGAAGAGAGGAGAGGGAGAAAAGGGGAGCAGAGUAGCCUGGAAGAAGAGUGAAGAAGACUGCAAGAGUUGUUGAUUCUGCUGCUGUGGUUUCAGAAAAAAAAGACUUGUGAAGGUGAAGUUUAUGAACAUGGGGAGUUUGGAUUGCCCAACGCCGUGUUAUGAUCAUAACACUUUAAAAAAAUAAAUAAAUGAUGACUCCCUGAAUAAGUACUACUGAAACUGUUAAAUGACAAGUGCUUUUGAUUUGAUUUAAGAUUUAAUUAGCUCCUUUUUUGGGAGUCCAGUGCGUAUUUUUUUGUCUUUUUUUUUUUUUUUUCUUUUAAAAUUCCUCCCAAGUGACUGAUAAAGCGGUUUGAAUUAUCUUAAAAGAUAGCACUAAAUACGGGAAAGACUUUGAGUCCGGAGGGGCUAAAGGCUGGAAACUGGAAAAGAAAAAGAGAAAACUUUGGUUUAAAAAAAAGAGAGAAACUUUUUUUGUGCUCGCUUGUAUAUAAGCUCUCUGUGUCCUAUAGCACUUUUCCCUAACCUGAAACCUCACCCUGACACCCCCCACCCCCCAUCCUCCUCACCCCUUUUACCCAGGGAGCAACUUGCUACUUAUGCAUCCAAGACGCCAUGUUGACCACCAGGAAAUACCUCAGAUCAGACCUGCCAAUUCUAUUUUCAGUUCACAGACACACACAUAUACAAACACACACUCUGCAAGUGAAUGGUAUCAUUCCAACCAGAAGCCAGUUUACUUCUGUUUUACCACCUGAUGUCUUCAAAGGUUUAUUUUGGAGAGAGGAAAAUCAAAACUAUAUUGCGUAAAAGACCUGUAAUGUCGAAACGAUGAAGCAUUUCAAGAACUGAUGAUGUAAACUUUUCUUUCAUGUGUGCAGGUUCAUGUGUGUGCUGCUGUAUAUAAUCAGUUCAUCUUGAAAACUUGAGAAGAAUCAGUUUUGAAGUUUGAAGUUGACCUGAGUGUCGGACUUUCUCCUGAAAGGGGAGGGAGGGUGAGUGUGUGUGUGUGUGUGUGUGUGUGCGCGGAGGGGAGUGGUUUUCUUAAAAGGAAAACGGGGUUAAAUAUUGAUCACUGGUGGAAUUUUACCUCCCGCUUCGACUUUUUACAAACGCCAACGAAACCUCAGCAUCGUUUUGUUUAACAACCCUCCCCUCCUUCCCUCCCUCCGUCCCUCUCUUAUUCUUCUACUUCUUUGUCUCCCCAUUGGACCUACUCUCCACCUCUUCUUCGUGGACCUAAAUAUCCUCCUCUUCCUCCUUCCCUCCCUGGUCCGGUCCAGGUUUCAGAGGAAGAGGAGGACUGCUCUGUCUUACUGUGUUUGUCUGUUAAACUCUGAUAUGGCCAUUAUUAUUGUUGUUAUUAUUAUUACUAUGAUUAUAAUGAUGAACAUUCAUGUUGCUGCUGCUAUAUAAAAACCGGACCUUCUGCCAUAGACCUGAAACCUCAACAAAGCCGGGGCGUUCGCUAGCCGCUGUGCCCCGUGAAAACCUGACCGACCAACCAACCUCCGGCAACCUCGACUGCAACUCGACCACAACAAAGCAAAAACAAUCCGGAGACCCACAGGAGAACUUAGUGCAAACCCUCCUACCUUCAUCCACUCAUGUGUCUCUUCUCUCUCUGGCUGGUUGGUUGGUGUCUUUGUUUUUUGCUUCAUAGGGCUUGAUUCAUGUUGUGUUUUGUGACUUUCUAACUGUGAAUGCUUUUAAUCUCGUUUCUUUUCAUUUCUUCCCAUUUUUUCAUCCUCUGGAGGGCGCAGGGAGGGACGUGUUAGUUAAGUCUUGCAGCUUCACCACAGUAAGUCUAUAUCAGGCCAACAAGUACACACCUUAGAGAAUAGAGAGGAUGGAAAGAAAAGAGAUGGCUCUAAAGGAAAACCUAUUUUUAAAAAAAAGUAUAUCCUCCAUCUUAUAUUCUUAUAUUAUACCAUAUGACGGUAGUUUUUGUUCUCAUGCACAGCAAAUAUAUACUUUACUGGAUACCUCUGGUGUACCUGUUGUCUUAUCCAGAGCCAAGCCACAGCCUCUUUGUUAAAGACAUUUUGGGAAAUACGCUUUCUGUACGUUCCAUAUAAAGCUAGAAGCUGGUUAGAAUAGCUUAGCAUAAAGACUGGAAACAGAAGGAAAGCCUGGCCCUCCCCCCAAAAAUUUAAAAUCUGUUUAUCACUGAAGACUCCAGGAAGUUACGGCUCCCUGUCAAGAAAUAGUCACACAUAGCACAUAACCCCAGUAAAACCAUGACUUGAUUUUUUUUUCUACCUGUGGACAGAGCUAGGCUAGCUGUUUCCCUCUGGUUCCAGACUUUAUGCUAAGAUAAGUUACCUGGCUCCAGCAUUAUCUUUACUGUACAGACAUGAAAGUGAGAUUCCUUCUCAACAACCUCUGUGCAAGAAAACAAAGAAGUGUAUUUCUCAAAGUGUCAAACUAUUUCUUUAUGUUGUUGCGACACUGGUACUUUUUCUUUUUAUCACCACUACUUAGUUUUGUCUCAUUGUACAGUUGCUUAAAAAAGUCUUGGAGUUGUUUAUUGCUGGGAUUAGUUUGUUAAAUCAGCAUUUUUUGAAGCACAUUAUUCCUGGAUUAUUUCACCGUAGUACAGAAGAGGUUAGAAAAUGAACAAAAAGACAAACGUGACUUAUUAUCUCCUCUCAAGGCAUUGCUCUGUGUACUGUGCUUCUACUGUCGUUUCUGUUCAGUUCAACUGUUUUGGCACCGUGAUUUGCUCCCUUUUUGCACACUGAGCGAAGCAACAGUCAUCUGUGAUUUGGAGGCUCUCUGUGUGUGUGCAUGUUUCCCAUGAGAGGACCCCCCCUCCCCCAACUUGCACUGCUGAAGUUACACGAGAGCGGAGGAAGUGAUGUGGUGGGGUGUUUUUUGCAAUGCAGUUGAUAAUCAUGGCAUCCACUGGUCUAUGUUGGUGACUGGCUGCAAACAUGACGGCCAGAUGGUGAAAUUUGUAUCAUACUCACUGGAUGACAAGUGCUAUCGGGCUAAAAAGCAGAGGGACACGUGAAAGCCAUUCCUUCAAGAGGUGUGGACGCCAUUCCCACCUCGUAUCCAUUAAUACAAAAAUCUCCAUCCAGACUUUCACCGAUUUACAUUUGUGUGCAAUGUCAGAACCACCGCUCAUUCAUGUUCCAAUUAGUUUGAAAUGUUGAAAAUGUAAAUUAUUUAAUUUAUGGUAGAUUAGAUGUAGAAUAGUAAACUUUUUUGUUGUUGUUUUUGUUCUUUUUCACGAAACGGGAAGCUCUGUUUAAUGUGUGCUGAUCGCUGAAUGACACGAAAGAAUUAUGCAAAAAAAAAAAAAAAGUUACCCAAGUAGAAGAAAAGGAGGAGAGAAGGAAGGGAGGAUGACAUUAUAAGAGUGAGACAUGUUGGGGGACAACCCUGUGUGCUCGUGGUGUUUUCACUACGAUUAAAUUUAGUACAAUCAAUUUUUCCUCAAAUUUCUCUCUAUUUUAGUGUCUUUAUUAAUAUUUCUAUUAAAUACUGGAGGGCAGAUUAAACUUCACUUUCUUAGAGUGUAUUAAUUGCCUUUAUACCAACAUGAGACUCUGUUGAUGACACCAGCAUCCCGUCCUUCUGCCCUCCUGUUUGAUCCUCACUGUGCUCUCAGAUGCUGCCAGUGUUUUGGUUGAGUCCGCCUGGUUUUGAUUGUCGGGGACAUUCGGCACCUUUCUUGCCCCAGACUUACUCGAUCCAAGAAAGAACUAUUUAAGUUGUUUUUUUUAUUUUUGCUGAUCCACACUCUGCCCUGUCUGAGGGACCUGAGUCACACACAGCGAAACACCCAGUUAAUAUAGAUUUUUGAGAUGGAGGUUUCCUGCUGAACACAGCUGCACAAAAAUGCAUAAUUUCCUCCUCAUUUUGAAACAGUAAUGUAUCCCAGAGUGAGCCUCUGAAAACUCAGCCAGCAGUGCGGGUGCUGUGUCUGUUAGAGCAGGUGAUGAUGUGAUCCUGGUUCCUCAGAUUGAAGCAGGACAGAGUGGAUUCCAGUUUUUAAUCCCAAGAUCCUGACUCAGACGGAUUCAUUCUCAACUAAGCAGACAGGGUGGACGUUUAUUUCACCUCUGACUGUCAAACCUUGCCGCCGCCGCCGCUGCUGCCAUUCUGAAAACCUUGACCCUCCAAAACAACCAUACAGUUUAUAAUAAGUUACAGUAUAUAAUGAGUUCCUGCCUUCAGGAAGGAAUCAAAUUGAAGGAUCACAACAAAAAGAAAAGAUUAGUGCCACAGCUAGAGAUUUAUAAUAAUGCAACAGCAACAUUUAACACAGCUUAGCCCUUGAAGUCGAGAGACUUUAUUGUGGACUGUGUUUCUUGGAGCCUAAAAUUAGACUAAAAGCUGGGGAAUUUCCUCAUACUUGCUCCACUAAUGAGAUCUGAUCAGUGGAAAAGAGUAGUUUUAUUCACUUGCUUCCCCUGGCUUGAAUAUUAGGAACAGUGAAGAGGCCUCUUACUGCAGUCCAUCCCCCUCUUCCUCCUCCUCCUCAUGAGUUUUCUGUCAGCUAAAAACUCCUCCAAGACAAACUGCUUCUUUGAAACAACAUCUGGGAUUUCUUUCUUGGAAUAAGUCAUCUUACCAAACACGACCACUGAGAUCGUCCCAAAACUACGGAAAUAAUUCUUAGUCAGGCUGUAGCAAAAUUUUAAAAUAUUUGAAGUGAUAAUCAAGUAGUCUUCUCAGAAGAGCCAGGUGGCUGGCAUUUAGGACUUUUAUCUCAUUGGUUCCUAAGUGUUAAAGUUCUCUGUCAACCUCAGAAUAGACAGUCUCAAGGUUUUCUGCAAGUGUUUCCGAGCCCAGGUGAAUUUACAUCAAAGUCAGACAGCUGCAGAACAGCACCACAAAAAAUAAAAAUAAAAACACCAACAGCUGUAUAAAAAAGGCAAAUGACAAUCUUUAGAAAGGUGUAAUUUGCUCACUGUUUGAUUUCCAUUCCUUCUGUCUGUUGUAUACAGUGGGACCGACUGGGAGAGUGUAAUCAGAGCGCUCAUACUCCAAAACUCCUCCUGUUGUUAACGUCUCCACUGGCUGAGCAAGCGGCCGACACGUUUGUCUCAUUUCUAUUUUUUAGUAUUACAUUAUUAUUAUUGUUAUUAUUAUCAAUGUUCUGAUUCUUUCUUAAUAUUAUUUUAUAGAUAUAUUUUGUAGUGCAAGUAAAGUGGGUCUUUUUGGGGAAAAGAUAUUUUGUACAAUAUUCCAACAGCUUCACUCUGAAACCUAUACUGUACAUUCCAAACAUGGAUGUCAACGAACACCGGGAUCCUGACCGGCGUCACCAGAAUCUUUUAGCAUUUCAUUAACAGCUUCAAAAUCAAACAGGCUUGUGAUAAGAUAAGAGGAAUUCAAGCUACGUGUUGACCUUUACAGUCCGGUAACUGCACGCCUCUGUGAGUGUAAUCCCUUAUGGUUUAUACACGAGACGUGUGUCCUCUUCUCUUUUUAAAGGUUAUGUUUACACACCAUAGACACAGACAUGGUGCCAACAUUAUCAUCCAGCUUUUAUAUAAUGUAAAAAAAAUAAAUUAAAAAAGGAUUCAGUCUUUUGAGGCUUGAGGAAGAGCUCUGAGAAAAGAUCACAGCGUCUUGCUGACCUCUCAGACUUUACAGAGGAACAGACACGGUUGCUAGACCAGAGCAAAUAAAACAUUUCUUAUUAUAAUUUAGUGCUAUAAGUAAAAAGGAAAAAAAAGGUCUGACUACCUUGAAAUCAAGUUGUUUUUACUCAAAAUUACCUCCAAAAUCAAACACUUUCUGUGGAUUUUUGACCACAAAGACGUCAAGUUUGUUAAAAGAGAAUAUUUUCUGUCACAAACUACUAUGUGGAGGGCAGUGACUGCAACCCCCAAGAAAUGUUGACCUCACUGUAAAAAAAAAAUAAUAAUUUAUCCCCUUUAUCUUUAUUUAUUUAAAGCUUAGUUUUAUUUUCUUAAAUUGAUUUGCCCUACAUGAUGCCGUUAUUUACAUUUCCUAUAAUAUACUUUUGGUGAAACCCUAACCCUUGAUUGAUUUAAAUUUAAUUAAACUUGCAGAUUUAAAGAUGUUGACUGUGAUUAAAACAUUGAACCCACUCUCAUGUCUCUUAGCUUAGCAUAAAGACUGGAAACAGAGGAAACAGCUUGCCUGGCUCUGUCCAAAGGUAACAAAAUCUGCCUACCAGCACCUCAAAGCUCUUACAUUAACACAUUUCUGUGAGCUUUAGAUGUACUAGCAGAUUUUGUUAUUAUUGGACAAAGCGGCUGUUUCCCUAUUUCCAGUCUUUAUGCUAAGCUAAGAUAAGCUGCUGGCUGUAAUUACAUACAAAAAGACCUAAACGCAAGGGAAGCAAAUAAGCAUUUUAAAUACCCUUAAAUUUCCACAAAUAGAGGAUAGGUGUGCGUUAGCUGCAGCGCUGACUGAGAGUACAGGAAUUAGUCAUCUUGACUCUUUAAAACCAUCAGAGGCAUCAGAAACUGCCUCAGUGAAGCUUUUAGAUUCAAACCUGAAACCAUCAGAUGAGCUGUGAUGCCGGUCGGGUCCCUGCGAUUGAUCACACACUUCUUGAACCAGUCUGGUCAGAUGUAUAGCUCAACACACACAUAUUAAAAAAAUAAUUAAAUGAGAAAAAGUACUGGACCUUUUUUAUUUUUCUAUCAGUGUACAGCUACUGACAGAGUGAAUAAAUGGCUUCCUGAGCUGUGUUGUCUUACUGUUUUUUAUUUCUGUUCCUUUUCGGUGGUGCUUUAGAUUUUUCUCCUCUCUUUCUGUCUUCACCUGACUUUGUACCGGGCCCUUUGAUUGUCUUGAUUUCCUCCGCCGGGGCUUUGUACCUACAGUAAUACCAAUGUGAAACCUGUAUUCUCCUCAUGAUUUGACUCAGUGGAAGUGUGAUGUUUACAUGUACAGAUAUUUUGCGAUUCUUUCUGGUUUUUUAUUUUAUUGUUUUGUUUUCUGUUUCCUCUCAUCUCUCUAUCCUUCUCCCUCCCCCGACUCUCUUUUUCCCCAUCUCAUCCCUGUUGUGAGUUAAUCUGACUCCUUCCUUACACACUGAAGGGAAAUGGGACUGCAUCUAAAUACAAUUAUCACCAUUUUCACACACAAGCCUAUCACAUGAGGGGGCGUGCUGACAAUUUCAGUUUGUCACUUUUCUUCACCACACACCUGCUUAGAUUUAUUUUAUUUUUUUUAGCACUGCAUCCCUUUUAAAAAUGCCUUGUUAGCAUUCAGUUAGCAUUCGCCUUUGAUGUGCAAAGGUGCACGUACGUUGCAUUGAGCAAUGCUAACAGCUAGUUUGUGAUUAUCGGUUCACUGUGGAGAAAACAUUUAUUUUGUGCAUGGUGAAGAAAUGUCACAUGGCUGAAAUUGAAAAGUGAGGCGUCCCCGGACGAAACCGAUUGUUUUGGGGGUGGGUGGGGGGAGGGGUCGAGCUGCGUGUUUGUUUGCCUGUAGUGGGGGCUGACCUUUGACCUCUCGGCUAACUCCACAGCACACAGAAUCACAGUGGGGCCACAAUGACCCCUCCACUGGUGUGACCAGAAUCCGGUGGAGAUGAUUCCUCAGUGAAUGAAAAGCCAUUACAGACCCUGUGUGUCGGGUCUCUUAGUCUAUUAGUAUAUUUAGCAAAACUUUAAACUGCAGAUGACAAAACUCAACCUCAGGAAGAAAAAAAAAAAAGGACAUCACUUUUGUAAAAACACGUCUAACUGAAGGCCCAUUUCCCUCUCUCUUUGAUACCAUAUAAAUUAUAUCAAAAAUUCUUUUAUAUUUAUUGUGUUUAUUAUUAUAUAUAACAGUGGAUACCUUUUUUCCAGUACCUGUGGCUAAAUAUUUUGAUUCUUUAGAAAAGUGUUGAUAAUAUGUGUGAAGCAACGUAAACGAUCGAGGAAAAAAAAAGAAAUCUAGGGUUAUUUUUUUUUGUUUGUUUGUUGACCACGUUGGAGUGGUACGGGCGUGUUUGUUUAGCCUAACAACGAGAACAUAUCACUCUGGUCUAUGACAAAGAAACCAAUGAUCGAAAAACUGAGCUUUCUUUUGUGUGAUGUCACUGCUAAAACUGAAAUGUUUCUGGACUUUAAAAAAAAUUGUGACCAUUUAGUUUUGUUUUUUUGUUUUCUCCCAAGAUGUACGUCACAAAGCUAAAUAUACUAAUAAAACUGUGUGCUAUCUAUCAUACAGA